AUGGUAUUACUCAGUAAACUUAAUGAUCAAGCAAUCGUGGAUAAUCUACGAAAACGUUUCAUGGCUAAUUCUAUUUUUACAUACAUUGGACCGGUACUUAUAGCAGUUAAUCCAUUCAAAGAUAUGCUAUACUUCACGGAGAAGGAAAUGGAAUUAUAUCAGGGAGCAGCACAAUAUGAGAAUCCACCGCAUAUUUAUGCUCUUGCUGAUAAUAUGUUUAGCCAAUGUGUUAUAAUAAGCGGUGAAAGUGGUGCUGGUAAAACAGUUGAAGCUAAAUAUAUUAUGGGAUAUAUUGCUCGAAUAUCUGGCGGUGGACAACGACUUCAGCAUGUAAAAGAUGUCAUUUUGCAAUCAAAUCCAUUGUUAGAAUCGUUUGGUAAUAGUGCAACUGUUAGAAAUUGGAAUUCCAGUCGUUUUGGUAAAUAUGUUGAAAUUAUGUUCAGCCGAGGAGGUGAACCAAUUGGUGGGAAGGUAUCCAAUUUUCUACUCGAGAAAUCUCGAGUAGUACAUCAGAGUCAGGGAGAGCGUAAUUUUCAUAUAUUUUACCAAUUAUGCGCCGGAGCAGACGAAAAUUUGAAAGCUAAUCUUGGUAUCACUACAUUGGAUUAUUACAAUUAUUUGAAUCAUAGUGGUUGUUAUGCAAUUGAUGGAAUCGAUGAUGCUAAAGAAUUUAAACAAAUUCUCCAUGCAAUGGAUGUUAUUGGUAUUGAUACGAUAAAACAAAUGGAAAUUCUGCAACUUGUUGCUGCUAUUAUGCACAUUGGUAAUAUCACAUUUGUUGAAAGUAAUAAUUUUGCAGAUAUCGUCGAUAAACACUUUCUAGAAUUCCCCGCUUAUUUGCUUGGGUUGAAAUCGUCUGCAAUACGCGAAAAAUUAACAAGUCGUCAGAUGGAAAGUAAAUGGGGUAAACAAGCAGAGCAAAUUAAUGUAACAUUAAACGUUGAACAAGCGGAAUUUACACGUGAUGCAUGGUCGAAAGAUCUUUACACUCGUUUGUUUGAAUAUUUAAUUGCAUCAGUUAAUCAAGGAAUGAAAAUCACUUCACGAUCAUCCGGAAUACCAUUAUCUAUCGGUAUCCUUGAUAUUUACGGGUUCGAAAUAUUCGAUAAUAACGGUUUCGAACAAUUUUGCAUAAAUUUUGUAAAUGAAAAAUUGCAACAAAUAUUUAUCGAAUUAACAUUAAAAGCGGAGCAAGAGGAAUAUGUUAGCGAAGGGAUUAAAUGGACACCAAUUGAAUAUUUCAAUAAUAAAAUUGUUUGUGAUUUAUUUGAGGCUCGAAAACCACCAGGAAUAAUGUGUAUUUUGGAUGAUACAUGCUCACAGAUUCAUGCACAAAAUAGCGGUGCUGACAGACAAUUUUUGAUUGAAUUAAAUAAAUAUAUGUCACAAAAUGAGCAUUAUCAAAGUGGCGCACAAUGUUUCAUUAUCAAACAUUACGCUGGAGCUGUUACAUACAAUGUUGAUGGAUUUUGUGAGAAAAAUCGUGAUACACUUUAUAAAGAUCUCAUUGCAUUGAUGCAACAAAGUAAUCGGCAGUUUUUCAAGCAACUUUUUCCGGAAAUAGUAUCUUCUAGUGGUAAGAAGCCAACAAGUUUUUCAUCUAAAAUUAGAAAUCAAGCAAAUAAACUUGUUGAUUCGCUUAGUAAAUGUGCUCCUCAUUAUGUACGUUGUAUUAAGCCAAAUGAUACUAAACGAUCAUUGGAAUGGGAUGAGAAACGUGUACUACAUCAAGUGGAAUAUUUGGGUUUGAAAGAAAAUAUUCGAGUUCGACGUGCGGGUUUUGCUUAUCGUCGAAUUUUCGACAAAUUUCUUUAUCGCUAUGCUAUUCUUAGCCCGAAAACAUGGCCCAAUUAUCAUGGUGAUUAUCGGGAAGGAAUUAAGAUCAUUUGUCAAACAGUAAAUAUGGAUCGUGAUCAAUAUCAAAUGGGUAAGACAAAAAUUUUCAUCAAAAAUCCGGAAUCGCUUUUCCUUUUGGAAGAAAUGCGUGAAAGGAAGUAUGAUAGUUACGCUCGUGUAAUUCAAAAAGCAUUUAAAAAAUUCACCGCUCAAAAACGAUAUGCCAAAUUAAAAGAAGAUGCAUGUAACUUAUUGCUGAAUAAAAAAGAAAGGAGACGAUUUUCAAUAAAUCGUAAUUUUGUUGGUGAUUACAUUGGUCUCGAAUAUCAUCCCGCUUUACAAGCAUUGGCUGGUAGAAAAGAGCGCAUUGUUUUCGCUGCUACAGUUAAUAAAUAUGAUCGAUGGUUUAAGAUUUCAAAACUUGACUUUCUUGUAACGACGAAUAAGAUCGUCCUUAUUGGGAGAAAAAUAGAAAAGAAAGGACCAAAUAAAGGGAAAAUUAUUGAGAUUUUGAAACGGCAAAUUGGUUACAAUGAUAUAGUUAAUAUCGGAUUAAGUCCAUAUCAGGAUAAUUUUAUCAUUCUAAAUGUUCGUGAUUCUUAUACAUCACUUCUGGAGACACCGUUGAAAACAGAACUCAUAAAUGCUAUUAACAAACGGUAUAAUGAUGUGGGAGGUGGACAAAUUUUAUCUUUCGAUUUCAAUACUUGUCAUCAAAUUAUCCUGAAGAAGACUCGAUUUGGUUGUGGUUUCCGGACUGUUAAAUUUUCGAGAAACGAUGAUGAAUCAGACAGCACACAAUUGUUUCCAAAAGGAAAAAUUUUAUUCGUUUGUAUUGGACCUGGAUUAUCCAGUAGUACAAGACCGAAUGAUAAAAGGAUAGCAAUAAAGCAACAUUACGAACGACGUAAAAUGCCGCCUGUAACGUAUCAAACACCUCCGUCACAACAACGUGUAAAUACUUCAAAUCGCGUAUAUCCAAUAAUAAACAACAAUAAUACCAAUAUUAACAGAAAUAGUGGAAUUACUCGUGUACAGAAUGCUAUACGACAUCCUGAAAAACCUAAGCCACCAUUGAAGCCGAAACCACUUCCUCUCGUUGAAGCUUUGUACCCGUACGAAGCGCAGGAUACCGAUGAACUGUCAUUUAUUGCUGGGGAUAAAUUUGAACUUGUAAAUAAAGAUUCUUCUGGUUGGUGGCAAGGCAGAAUGCAGAAUCGAACGGGUCUUUUUCCAGGAAACUAUGUUAGAGAAUUAUAA